UGGAAGCUACUCAAGUAGAAUGCAGAAAGAAGGAAGCGGCAAAAGUUGCCAGUGAUAAUACUAGUACCAGCCGUAGAAACACCUCCAUCGCUAAUGAAAUGAGAAGAUUGUUUCUCUAUUAUUUCAAUAAACCCAAGGCGUGCUACUUGGUUGAAGGAUACAUAUGUCAUGGAAUGCAGGUGUUAUCUUUGGCCUUGCUCUAGUUGAAUAUGGUGUAUUGUUUUUGUUGAUGACAUAUCUCACCGGUGUAUUCAAGUACUCACCUGUACGUGCAGCAGCGACAGUGAACAUAUUUGCCUUCAUCAGUGGGAUACUAGCCAUAUUUGCAGAGUUAUGUAAAUUAAGGGUUGGAUGCUACCUCAUGGUGCAGGUCAACUGUAUAUUCUACAUUCUGGCAUUAGUGGUUCUUCUUAAGAAUUUUACACCCAAGUCAAUCAAAACCUUGCAUGGAUCAUUAUUUCUACUAUCAGUAGGCCACGGUGUCUUUCUGUCCACAUGUAUCGAAGAAUUCUUGAAAGCUCAAAUGAAGCAAGCCAGGCGAGUUUCUAACAAAGACGAUGAAAAGAGAGACGAUAUUCUUUCUACGAUUUCUAUGAUGAGGGCCAAGAUUGUAGGUUUCGGUUUGUCUACUUGGUUACUAUAUGAAAAAAAAUGGAAAGAGCAGUUUAAGAUAAGUAUAUAUAUCCUUUCCUGCGCAACAUUUUGUUUCUUAGCUUGGAAAAUUGUAUCAAUCAUGUCCUCUACUACUUUUAGUUCGUUACAAUCCCCAGAGGAUGAGGAUGAUCAUUCCGAACACAUUCCAAAAGCAGGAAACAUCGAAAUUCGAAACAUCAUUGCACCGUAAUCAUCACAGUGGAAUAACGAGAACUAAUCUUAGAAGCGCGGCUCCAAUAUGCUUCGCGUUCCUCAUGUAUGGUAUAGUUUACUCAACAGGAGAAACUUUCUUUCAAGAUCUAGUAGGAUCUGCGGACACAUCUAGUAUGGGCAAUGCAAAUGUGUACAUUAUGAUGUUACAGAGUAUUACAAAAACUUCAAGAUUGGUUAUUGAUCAUCUGGUUUAUCGUGUUUUGUCUAGAAGAUCAAGAACAGGAACACUUGCAACAUUGAUUAGAAUGGGGCUUGGUAUGUUCUUUUCAAUUGGUACUUGUACAAUUGCUCAGUACACAGAGGCUGCAAGAUUGACUGCUGUCGAGAACAAAACGAAUAUUCCAGUUGCCUUAUAUAUUCCUCAGUUUAUUGCACUAGGUUUCGUUACUGGGUUAGCAGGGGAAGGCCUUAAAGUUUUCUUCCAAAACGAAUACUCAAAUUGGAUUAACUUUUAUGCAACAACUAUCACUGAAGUUUUGACUGGAAUGGGAACCCUUCUUAAUACAGUUUUAGUUUUAGCUCUAAGAUUAGCUACCAAGAAAAAAGACGGCCGUGGCCCGUGGGACUUGGUUUGCUGAAACUCUAGAUGAGAGUCGGAUCGAUCUCUUCUAUCACACGAUAGCUGUAAUGUGUGUACUAAAUUUUAUCCCUGUCUAUGCUUUGUCCUCAACUUGUUAUUACCGAAAGAUUAAGAUCCGGGAGUUUUUGCUGCUGGAUGGGAUGUAAUAAUUAA